CUUUGAUUGGUGGAACGCAGGAGAUUCAAAGUUGGCAGCAACGUCUCUGUUUGGAAACAUCCUCCACGGAGUUUUUAACACUUUUGUCUGCCUCCGCCGCGUUUUCUCCACAGGUAACCCGGAGUUGAGAAUGGAGGGGGAAGUUAUCGGCCCCGGGCCUUACAGAGCAACCAAACUGUGGAACGAAACGAUCAAACUCUUCCGGGGAGGGAUGCCGGUUCGGAGGCACUGGGCGCACUUCCGCUGCUACGACUGGAGUUUCUCGGGAUCAGAGGCUGUGGAUUAUCUGCACCAACUGCUCAGAAGCAACUCCAACUUUGGGCCGGAGGUGACGCGCUACCAGACCCUGCAGCUGCUCAAGAAGUUCUUCAAAGCUCACGUGAUUGAAGACGUUAAGGGUCGCUACGGGACAGAGGACUUUGAAGACGGCGGCCAACUGUACAGGUUUCCCACAAUGUCCCCUCUAAAGACCCUUCCUACCAGACCUCUUGUGAGGGACAGCAGAGACCUGCCCAGACUCAUCCGCUGGGACGACUACGAGGAACUGCCUCUGCAGGAAAACGUAGCACCUUCCAAGUCUGCUGUCCUGGCUUCAGAUUUGUGGAACAAACGACACAGUGUAGCCAUUGGGGAUGUGAACGAAUGCAAGCUCAUACGCAGGAAGGAAGUCACUCAAAAACAAGUGGACCACAUCUGGAAAACAAUGACCGUCACACAUUUACAGAAAGUCCUGGGUCUGAAGACAUUGGAUGGCGUUUUAAAUCCUGUUCAUGUCAAUGGAAGGCAUAUUGUUCACAAUGUCUUCAGUGUUAAUAAAACUGGCAUCGUGGUACUGGAGAACAAAUCUGAGGAUAUGCCUUAUUGGGUGGUGUCAGCCAUGAAAUGUCUUGCUAACUGGCCCAACAGCAACGACAGCAAGCAGCCGCUGUACCCCAGCUUUGAGAGGGAUGUGCUGAGAACAAUCGUGGAUUACUUUCAGCGACUCAAAGAGCCGCUCCUGACUUUCCAUCUCUAUGAGGUCUUUGUCAGCAUUCUGGGUUUGCUGCAGGAGAAGGACACGGCUACCGAAGCCCUUCAAAUCAGCUGCCUCCUGCUGCCACCACCCAACCGAAGACGCCUCCAGCUUCUGCUGCGACUAAUGGCUCGGGUUUGCCACAAUCCCCUCCUGCCUCCACUCAACGACACCAUCGCUACCCACACGCUGAUGGUGCACUUGUUCUCCCCCUGUGUUCUGGGUUCUGCAGACGACAUGGACCUGGACGAGCUGCUUGCUACCAAACUGGUCACCUUCAUGAUGGAGCACCACAACAACAUUUUCCACGUGAACCGAAAGCUUCGCUGCCAGGUGGAGGAGCACCUGUCUCACCUCAAAAGAGCUCAGAUCAAAUAUGUUGGCUCAGACACAGAUUUCAGCUCCUCUCCAGCUUUUUGCAAACACAUCAGCAAAGUGGACAGUGAGGAGCAGAAGGUCAUCGGCACUCAGAUCCCCCUGCAGCAGCUGCUGGAAGGCCUGAUUGCAGACAAAGAGCUCACUGUCAAAGACAAGAGGAAAAGGCUAAAACAGUUCCAGAAGUCCUACCCUGAAGUCUACCGCAACAGAUUUCCCACUGAGGAAAGCAAAGCUGCUGUAAUCCCAGAGAAAAGCUCGCGGUUCAGACCCCCGCUCACCUUCCUGAAGAAACCUCUCCAACCGUUCCAGAGGAGCUGGAGUUUUAGGGCAUGAUGCUCUACCUCCCAUAGGUGGAGGCUAAAUCUGUAGACACAUCUCAGUAUCCUGUAGUCAUGCACUGUUUGGGUACCUUUACUGACCGCUGCACUUAUGCUCGAAGAGGGAAUCUGUUACAAAUCAGCACGAAAAAUAAUCAGUGUAAGCAAACUGAACAUGACUUUACAUAAACGUGCACCCUUAAAAACACGCACAUGAUGAACUACAGUCAAUCAUUUCAAGAAACAUCAAGACAGCAGGAGCAUGCUCAGUGAGGACAGAGUGACGGAGUGUUUUAGCCAAACGAACCUGCGGAGAUGCGAAAUCCCAAAUGCACCCAACUCAUGCGCCUUCCCGCUGUGAAUGUCAAAAAGAUCCGCUUCAAGUCACACGCAUGAUGGACGUGGCUCGUUGCUUUGCCGCUUCAGGUCUGGUGUUGCUGAGGAGGGCAGGAUGUGAACGUGGAGCUGAUCUUCAGUCUGAGACAGAACAGCAGACAUUCUGCCGUGCAUCACUUCAAGACAGAUUUGCUCAUCUGUUGACAUGAACAGCUAGGAAGUGAAGCUAGCAGAUCUGAACUUGACCUUUCAAAACAUUGUUUCAGAAAAAAUGAAAACAUCAUUUGUUGGUCUGAUUUCAAACAUGCUGUUCAACGUAGCCCUUAGUGUCAAAAUGUUUCUAACUUUUGUUUUUUGAGCUUCCUGAAAACCUUGAAGUCUUGAAAGCUCAGAUUAAGUCUCUGAUCAUCUCUUAAACAAAUACUUGAUCAUUUUUAAUGCUGUUCUUUUUGAAAUGAUGAGCUAAAGUUAAUAGAUAUUUCUAAAGUAUUAACAUGUUUUUAACUUUUGACCCACUGAUUUAAAAACCACUAGAUACACUAUAUGUGUAGCUUUAACACUGUUUCCCUUUAAGUUCACCAACUUGAUCUAAAUGUUUGAGUCGUUUUUGUGUUUCCUUUUAGAGAUGUUAGGUUUCGGCAGCUUAUUCUUUUCAUAGCUUUUGAUGCUGGAAAAUGUCCUGCAUUAUGAAACAUAUCAGUGUUUUCUGCUUGUGAGGGGACUACAUGAGCAGCCAGUGAAUGUGGGAAAACCACUUAUUUGAUAUCAAUCAGCUGUUGGUCGACACGUGGAAGGGAUCAUGUCAAAGCAGCAUGAACUAAAUCCCCGUGAAAUGUUUCUACUUGCUGGUUUAUGUGUUGUUGGUACUUUUGUCCGUGAGUGUCCGAUCUGCUGCCUCUCUAUGUCCUUGAAGCAUUUUACCUUCAGGCUGAAAUUUGGAUUUACUGCCUAUGAAUCCAAGGAAAUCUUCAAUUCUCUUAAAUUGCUGGAAUAGCUGUUACACUUAAAUUGCUGCUUAAAGAUGAAAAAUACGUAAUAAAUAUUAAGUCAUGUCAAUUCUGUUUUUCUUAUUAAAAACUUAAAUAAC